GUCGACAGUAAUGACGACUCAGGCCGUGCUACGACGUCCUCUGAAGCCUCAUCCGUAUGCGAUUUCCCUGCCGACGACGAACCUACUGCCUUUCUUCCCUACCGUAGCCGGUUACCAUUUGGUUCCACUCAAUCGGUAUUCGAUCAAAAUGAUUUUUCGACAAUUUCCUCACGAUUGGAACACAUUAAGCAGGAAUUCUUUGCUGGAACUGAUAGUGAGUUUAUCGAGGAAAUGUUGGCCACCGCAGGCAGUACCGAUAGUUUUCCAUUGU